AUGAGCUACCUGCAUCGUUUGCGGUCUAAGAGAGGCAGUGACGAUGGUGUCAUGCUGGCUGUUGACGUGGCGGAUUUGCAAUCAGCAGUUGACCUCGCGACUGAAGCUAUCGAUGCAUACCCGGGAGAAGGUUUCACCUUGUCCAUGUACGAGGACCAACUCGUCCUCUGUCUCAACCACGCCUAUCAUGCGUCUUCUGCAAACUCUGACAAACUCCCGUUGGCUAUUCACUACGCCGAGAAUGCUGUCUCUAGAGCAGAUGAAGAUGACUCGGUCCGCGGGAAGGUCCUACGCAAAGAGAUCUAUCAGGUCACGAGAAACCUGAUUGUGAACAUACAAGUUAAUCGAGAUUCAACACUGAAGGAAUACUCUUGA